AGCACUGAACCACAAGCAAGUCGGCGUGUCGACGAGCCGGCCACGGAGAAAGAAUCCACGUGAAAGUCGUUAAAAAGCGGGUCAACAGAUUUUGUGGGUAUCUAAUUUUUUAAGUGUGGAGGUGCGCAACGUGGUGUUUUUGUUUUGUGGAAUUAUUAUGGAAACUUAAACAAUUUUUAAACAAUCAUGGAACUGAUGAAAAAACUACCGCGUUCGACAAAGACGCUGAAGCUUCUACAAUCAGUCAGGUUUCGUUCGACUGCCACAGCUUCAGACGUUUUAUGUCCUCAUUUGGAAGAAUUAGAAAACGCUAAACCCUAUUCCGAAGUACCAGGACCGAAGGCGAUACCAAUUUUUGGCAACACCUGGAGAUUGUUACCGAUAGUGGGCCAGUACGAUGUAUCAGACGUUGCGAAGCUAUCUCAAUUAUUCCACGAACAGUACGGAAAAAUAUGCAAAUUGUCGGGUUUAAUAGGACGACCGGAUUUACUGUUUGUCUAUGAUGCUGAUGAGAUUGAGAAGAUUUACCGACACGAAGGGCCAACACCAUUCCGACCUUCAAUGCCUUGCCUGGUUAAAUACAAAAGCGAAGUGAGAAAGAAGUUCUUUGGUGAUCUUCCAGGAGUUGUAGGAGUGCAUGGCGAACCUUGGAGGGAUUUUAGGACGAAAGUUCAGAAGCCGAUAUUGCAAAUACAAACAGUAAAGAAGUACAUUGAGCCAAUAGAAACAGUUACUAAUGAUUUCAUAAACAGAAUGCUCGAGAUGAAAGAUAGUCAACAGGAAAUGCCAGCUGACUUCGAUAACGAAAUUCAUAAAUGGGCCUUAGAAUGCAUUGGGAGAGUUUCUUUGGACGUACGAUUGGGAUGUUUGGAUAAAAAUCUUCCUGCAGAUUCAGAGCCACAAAAAAUAAUAGACGCAGCCAAAUUUGCGUUGAGAAAUGUAGCAAUUUUAGAACUUAAAUUCCCUUUUUGGCGAUACUUCCCUACAACCAUAUGGACUAAUUAUGUCAAAAAUAUGGAUUACUUCAUAGAAAUUUGUAUGAAACAUAUAGACGCAGCUAUGGAUAGACUGAAGUCAAAAAAAGUUGAUGAUGAAAAAGAGUUAUCACUUGUGGAAAGGAUUCUUGCCAAAGAACCUGAUCCAAAAACUGCUUAUAUCCUUGCUUUGGAUUUAAUUCUAGUUGGAAUUGACACUAUAUCAAUGGCUGUAUGUUCAAUUUUGUAUCAACUAGCAACCAGACCUGAGCAACAAGAGAAAAUGUACGAAGAACUUAAAAGAGUUAUGCCAGAUCCCAACGCUCCUUUGGACUCCAACAAGCUGAACCAGAUGGUCUUUUUGAAAGCUUUUGUUAAAGAAGUAUUUAGGAUGUACUCCACUGUGAUUGGUAAUGGCAGAACUUUGCAACAAGAUACGAUUAUACAAGGUUAUAAAAUACCAAAAGGCGUUCAAGUGGUGUUCCCCACUUUGGUGACGGGAAGCAUGGAAGAAUAUGUGACGAAUUCCAGCGAGUUCAUGCCUGAACGAUGGAUCAAACAACAAGCAGACAACAACAAAAUUCAUCCAUUUGCAUCACUACCAUAUGGGUAUGGUGCUAGAAUGUGCUUGGGAAGGAGGUUUGCGGAUCUUGAAAUUCAAGUACUUUUAGCCAAGCUGAUACGAUCGUAUAAAUUGGAAUACCAUCAUGAUCCGUUAGAAUACAAAGUGACCUUUAUGUAUGCGCCUGAAGGUGAACUAAAGUUCAAAAUGAUGGAAAGGGAAGCCUGAUUAUCGUGUAUAUCUGAAGAAUGUAAAUAGUGAGAAUUAUGUAAACAAUUUACUUCAAUAAAUUAUUUAAUUAAAUAAAAAAACUGUGAUAAUUUUAUUUUUGUUCAUGUUAAAAUGACU